UCUUCGCAUUUUCGAUAUUCUAAUGCGAUAAAAGCGGAUUACGGGGCUUGUACACGGCUAACGGGAACGCGCCAGAGAUGGAGCCUUGUACUGAACUUGUGAUCAAGGUGAACUAUGGAAGUGUGCUUCGACGUUUCAGGGUGCCUGUUAACGCAAAUGGACAGCUUGAUAUUGACAUGACCCAUCUUCGGGAGAAGAUCAUUUCUCUCUUUAAUCUCCCGGUGGAUGCUGAACUGUCUCUGACUUACACCGAUGAAGAUGGAGAUAUGGUGACCCUUGUUGAUGACAAUGAUCUUCAUGAUGUGGUGAAUCAGCGCCUUAGAUUCUUGAAAAUAUACGCUCAACUGAAAACCGGCAUCUCAAUUGCCUCGUCUUCUGCAGCGAGUAGUGAGUGUUCAACACCUGUGGUGGGAUUGCCACAUAUUGAAGACCACCUUACCAAAAUUCACGAGGGUCUGAAUGAAAUAUUGAUGGCUGUGCCAAAUCCACUGCGUGAUACCAUCUCAAAAGUAUCUAUGGACCUAGCAUCCAGCACUGUAUCCAGCAGUCCUGUAGUUGGGGAGAUGCUCCAUUGUAUUUCCAAGCUGGGCCAAGUGACACAUCCUCGUGAAAGUAGUCCUUCCUCACUUGUCACUCAGACCGUCUCUGGAGAUGGAGGGUUGCCAUCGGGGUCCACAACCUCAGGUCCUUCCUCGGGCAGGGAGGUGCUAAUUACUAAUGUACCUGUGGUUGAUCUGAAUUUGGAGCCUCCGUCUGAUGGAAAAGGCCCUUCCUCUUGUGAGCAGAAUGUUUCGAAGGAGACUCGGAACCAAUGGAGACCCUUUGCUCUGUCACCUAGUGUCCCUCCAAAGACCACCACCUUUCCUGCUUCCUUCUUGUCAUUUCCGGGUGCGGGUUUCAAUGAAUGUCCAUUUAGUGGCACUCCUGUGAAUUGUGACUCCAGCCCAAAUUUUUUUAACAAACAUCCUCCUCCUAGUUGCCCAGACAAGAUUUCCUUUUGUAAGUACCAUGAGCAUAAGGGCAUCCGCUGUGAUGGAUGUGGGGUUCUUCCAAUCACUGGACCUAGGUUCAUGUCAAAACUGAAAGAAGACUAUGAUCUCUGCAGCACCUGCUUUUCACAGAUGGGUAAUGAGAGGGAUUACAUCAGAAUGGACGAGCCUGCUUCAGUCCGAGUUUUUCGUAAAACCACGGGACCAGCGAUGAUUGGUCAUAAACCUCGGGUUAGCUACCCUGCGCCUGUGCAGUCGCUGCCUCAGGGAGGUUUACGUUUUAGGACGGGUCGGCUUAAGCUAGACAGUCGUUUCGUCUGUGAUGUGAAUGUAAUAGACGGGACUAUAGUGGCUCCAUCUACUCCAUUCACUAAGAUUUGGCGUAUGAGAAACAAUGGCUCCCUCGUAUGGCCCCGUGGCACACAGCUUGUCUGGAUUGGUGGAGACAGGUUCGGCAACUCGGUGUCCGUUGAUCUAGAGGGUGUGGGGAUUGACAGUGAGAUCGAUGUUGCAGUGGAUUUUGUUGCACCUGAGACACCUGGCCGUUACAUAUCUUAUUGGAGGAUGGCUUCCUCUUCUGGUGUUAAAUUCGGGCAACGUGUGUGGGUGCUGAUCCAUGUUGAUGCAUCAUUGAAGAACUCUGUCGUAAGUGGGUUCCAUGGACUGAACUUAAAUGCUUCUCCUGAUGAAGAUAGCUCUAGUGAAGUCUCUAUCUUGGAAGCUCUUACACCCAUCGCCGAUUUGAAACCAAAAGUGGAAGAAUCCGAAGCCAUGGAAAAGAAUGGUUUGCGGAUUGGAAAAGUUCCUCCUCCCAUUUCUCAUCCUAAACAUGCUCCUUCGUCUUCUUCAAGCCAAAUCAUUGACUUAACAGAGCUGAUAGCCCCGGCCAAGGCAUCACAUGGACCUUCCUCUUCCAAGGAGAUACCGAUUUCAUUUGACAAGUGUAAGGAAGUGAGUGGUUCUGAGCAAGACCUGCUCACGGGACUCGACGGAAAGAAUGACGUCGAGCAAGCCCUGCUUAAGGAACUCGAGGAGAUGGGUUUCAAGGAAAUUGAUCUUAACAAGGAGAUCUUGAGGAAGAACGAGUACAACUUGGAACAAUCUGUUGACGCCCUUUGUGGAGUUUCUGACUGGGACCCGAUCCUCGAAGAACUCCAGGAGAUGGGAUUCCAUGACAAUGAAACGAACAAGAGACUGCUGAAGAAGAACAAUGGAAGCAUUAAGGGUGUGGUGCUGGAUCUUCUGGCCGGCGAAAAGGCCUGAACUUUGGUAAUGAACUCUCAAAAGGGUCUUUGCCUUUGAUUUGGGAUUUGGAGCUCUGCCAUUUAAAAAAAAAGAUAUGUUUGGUAAAUAAACCUCUUUAGUUAUCUCUAUGGUUUCUCGUAGUUUAUUUGAAUCCUUUGCUUUUA